UGUGGUGUGAAAGUUGUGAGUCGAUCGAUCGCACGCAGAUGGCCACCACCCUCGGCUGGCCCAUCUCAGUGUCUUUGACAGAUUGCUAGCAAUUAGCAAAGACCGUGCGUUUAAUCGAUCCAUUUCUUCUUCUUCUUCUUCUUAAUUACAAUUUCUCAAUCAUCUGGAAUUAAUGGCGGCUGGGGUGGUAUACCUGCGCACUAACCGUUUCGAGGUGAAGCUUCAAGGCAUCACCUUCAAGAAGAAGAUCUUCGAAUCUCUCUGCAAAAUCGACUUCCUCUUCCCCGACGGUAAGACAUGGGAUGAGCCCCCCGUUGUUGGCCUCGAUGUCAUGUGCCAUCCCCGCGACCCCUCCAUCAUACUCCUCCUCCUCUCCUUCGGCGCUGGCUGCGUCAUCCUCCGCUUUGGCGCCGGCGAGUCCCUCCCCGCCCCCAUCCACAGGUUCCUGGCCGACAAGCGGAUCCGCUUCGUCGGCUUCGGCAUUCCCGAGAAAACCGAGCUCUUCCCCUUCCACGAACUAGGCCUGAGCAAGAGGCAAAUAGACAUCGGCUACAUCGCCACUAGGGUUUACAAGGACCCUAAAUACAAGCGCUACGAGCUCGGCGACCUCGCCCGCAAGGUCGUCGGGAUCAAGCGGAUGAUCGGCCUCACCGAGUCCGCCUCCUUCGAGCGCCACGCGCAGAUCAAGUGCGCCAUCUGCCAGCUCUUCGUCACCAGCCUCAUCGCCAUGGGCAUGCUCCACAAAAAGAGGCUCCAAUCUCCUUCCAAAAAGCCCUCCUUCGCCAAAAAUCUCAAUUCCCUCCAACUCCUCGCCGAGGGAUGGUUCAAGCUCCCCGCCAGCAAAAAAAUCCAACCGGACGGCGCUGGCGCCGGCGAAGACGUGGCCGACGCCGAGAUUCGCGCCCGGAUGGAGGAUCUCCUCGACGCCAAGCACCGAGACGAUCCGUUCUCCGACUACUUCGCCGGCGACGACGAGUCUCCGGCGUAUACGUCGGAAGGAGACAACGAGAAAGGCGGAAACUCAGGCGACGACGAGUCGUCGGCGGGAGGCGGGACGAAGAAGCCUAUAAAGGGAAUACUGAAGUGCCCGUCGACAACGUUGAAUCGGAGCGAGUCGUGUAGGUCGCCGGCGGCUACUUUAUCGCCGUCGCCGAGUCAGAAACUGAAAAGGGCGAAUUCGAAAGGGUGCAACGUAAGGUUUAAUUUCCAAUAGCCAUAGUUGGCUAGUUGAUUAAUUAAUAAUGCCGAUGCAUUAGAAAAAUUAGGCAACAAUAUCACCUUCCUUAAUUUGCUCUCGUCUAUGUAGAGUUGCUGCAUUCCUUUUUUAUUUCUAAUUGUUCCUUUAUAUUUUCAAACACAUUGCCAAAAAAAUAAAUGUUCUAGUUGUUAUGGAACGUGCGCAUGGUACGUUGAUUUAUAUAGUUUGUUUUAUUUUGGGGAACAGAUUAAUGUCUUUGGCUAAG